CUCUAUAAGAAGGGUUUGUUUUGCCUCUCUACCGUCCUCACUUGUUCUUCUCCUCUUCUUUGCUCCUGCAGAAGAGAGAGAAAAAAAUGCCCUUUCAUUUCUUCUCUCUCUAAAUACCAAAUCUUAUUUUUCUUUUUCUUUAUAUUCAAAAACCCUUUUAUUUUCUUUUGAUAUUCAGAUUCAGGGUUUUACAUAUCGCUGAAUUCUUCGCUUUGAUCGGACGGUGGAGAUUGAAUCUCACGUGAACAGAUCGAGGUAUGCAGCAAGGUGAUCAGACGGUGUUGAGUUUAAGACCUGGUGGUGGUCGAGGGAGCAGACUACUUUCUUCUUCUUCAUCAUCAUCUUCAUCAUCCUCUUCUUCGUUAGCCUUUGGUUCCCGUUCUUCUGAUCUUCCUCUCUUUCGUCCCCAUGGCGGUGCUCCUCCUUUUUCAAUUAAGGCUGGGAACUCACGAUUUGAGGGUCGUGAACGUGUGCAGUACACUAAGGACCAGCUUCUACAGCUGAGAGAGGCUGUAGAAGUUGCUGAUGAGAUUCUUAAAAUCAAACGAGAAAUUGAAGUGGAACUCUUUGGUGAAGCUCAAAACUGGGGUCGCGGGGAAAGCAACCCAUCAAAUCAGAGUCAGAACCGUUAUUCCGAGCAUGACAAUCGUGAUUGGCGUAACCGUUCAGCACAGUUUGCUCCUGCUGGAGAGGAGAGGUCCUGGGAAUCUCUUCGGGAUAGAGAAUCAGGAAACCAAUAUGACUCCAGACAGCCAGAAGCUAAUCAAUUUAAUCUCCAAGAUCAACUGAACUCUCAGUUCUCAAGGGCACAGAUCUCUUCUACCCAAGCGGGAGGACCAACUCCAGCUUUGGUCAAGGCUGAGGUGCCAUGGUCAGCUAGAAAGGGGAAUCUUACUGAGAAGGAGCGUGUUCUAAAGACUGUAAAAGGGAUACUGAACAAGCUGACUCCUGAGAAGUAUGAUCUUCUGAAGGGCCAACUUCUUGAUUCUGGUAUCACAUCAGCUGAUAUCUUGAAGGGGGUUAUUUCUCUAAUAUUUGAGAAGGCUGUUCUGGAACCCACGUUUUGUCCUAUGUAUGCUCUUUUAUGUUCUGAUCUUAAUGAUAAGCUCCCCUCAUUCCCAUCCGACGAACCUGGUGGUAAAGAAAUCACCUUUAAGCGAGUCCUCUUGAAUAACUGCCAGGAGGCAUUUGAGGGAGCUGACAAGCUCAGGGAAGAAGUGGGGCUGAUGACUGCCCCUGAUCAAGAAAUGGAGAGUAGGGAUAAAGAAAGGAUGGUCAAGCUCCGUACUUUAGGCAACAUUCGUUUAAUUGGUGAGCUUUUGAAGCAGAAAAUGGUACCUGAGAAGAUAGUCCAUCACAUCGUGCAGGAACUUUUGGACCAUGAUAGUAGAGCUUCCCCUGCUGAGGAGAAUGUUGAAGCCAUUUGUCAGUUCUUCAACACUAUUGGUAAGCAGCUUGAUGAGAGUCCAAAAUCACGGCGCAUAAAUGAUAUGUACUUCAGCAGACUGAAGGAAUUGACUACAAAUCCUCAGCUUGCACCAAGGUUGAGAUUUAUGGUUCGUGAUGUUCUUGAUCACCGUGCAAACAACUGGGUUCCCAGGCGUGAGGAGGUGAAAGCCAAAACAAUUACUGAAAUCCAUUCUGAGGCUGAAAAAAAUCUUGGGCUGCGUCCAGGUGCUACUGCAAGUAUUAGAAAUAGUCGUGUUGUUUCUGUUGGUCCAAUGAGUCCUGGCCCUGGGGGUUUUCCUAUCACUCGUCCUGGUACUGGGGGUUUGAUGCCUGGAAUGCCUGGAACUCGGAGGAUGCCUGGUAUGCCUGGAAUGGACAAUGAUAAUUGGGAGGUUCCUAGGACCCGGUCAAUUCCAAGGGGUGAUGGUCUAAGUAUACAGCCUGGAGGGAGUGUCCCGUCACAAUUAGUCAAUAAAUCAACUUCAAUGAAUCCAAGGCUGUUGCCUCAAGGUAGUGGUGGCCUAAUGAGUGGUAGGACAAGUGCCCUGUUGCAGGGAAGUUCAACUCCUUCUCGGCCAUCCUAUCGUAUUUUGGGUGCUGAGCCUGUUUUACAACAUUCUCUUUCUGCCAAACCUGUGCAUGUGGCUGCUGUAUCUCCAGUAGUGGAGAAACCACUAGCUCAGGUUUUAAGACUAAGUCCAAAAGAUCUUCGAAGAAAAACACAGGCGCUGUUGGAGGAAUAUUUCAGUGUUAGGCUGGUGGAUGAAGCAUUGCAGUGUGUGGAGGAACUAAAAUCUCCAUCAUACCACCCUGAGGUUGUGAAAGAAGCCAUCUACAUUGCCUUGGAGAAAAGCCCACCUUGUGUUGAGCCAGUUUUAAAACUUCUGGAAUACUUGUUUAUUAAGAAAGUUCUUACAGCUAGAGACAUAGAGACUGGAUGCCUGCACUAUGGUGCCUUGUUGGAUGAUAUUGGCAUCGAUUUACCAAAAGCACCAAAUAAUUUUGGAGAAAUAAUUGGGAAACUUGUUUUGGUUGGGGGAUUAGAUUUUAAGGUGGUGAAGGAAAUCCUUAAGAAGAUGGAAGAUGACCUGUACCAAAAAGCUGUAUUUUAUGCUGCAAUGAGGACCAUUAGCUCAAAUCCUUCAGGGCAAGCUGUGUUGGAUGCACAGGCGUCCGAGAUCGAGGACUGUCAGAAUCUAUUCUAAUUCGUGCAUGCUACUUUUAAUGUCAGUAUCCACAAGGACCUCUAGUUAUCCCCCUACCAAUUUCCCCCAUUUUUGAGGCGAGCAACUUGUAUUGUUUGAUAAAGUGGAGCUGCCGGGGACAGGUAAAAUUUUAUUGAGUUGUAUAUUUCUCCGAGGUCAUAGAGGUGUGGUGUGUUUAUUAAAAAAGAAAUCAAACCAGAAUGCCAUGGAUUUUACCCUCGAGUGUUGGCUAAUACAUGCCAAAGUUCUUGGGAAGAAUGGUCACCCUUUAAGGGAUCCGGUUGUUUUGUAUUUGAUUAGUUUUUUUGAGAAAUUUUUUUUGGUUGACUGAGUAAUUUAGUUUAUUGUUAAUAAACUUAGCCUCAUUAAUCUCGAGUUUCUUACCUUUACCACAAUCAAA